AUGGGUGAAAUGAACUGGCCCAAAGUGUUGGUACUCCACGACAUCGAAUAUCACAUUGUCUCGCGCGGUUUCUGGAGUUACAACCAUUAUUGGUGCAAGCUGGUUAGACAUGUUGAUGGUGCACGUGGUAUAUGGUUUUUCGACGACCGCAAAGAUGAUGGGCGGGCCCAGUUAAUUGGCCGCGAUUCGAGCUUGAUCGCAGGAGCCCAACCGUCCACCAGCUGGCUCAUCUACGCAAGAAAACCAACUGGUGAUGAGCAGAAGUUAAUCGACGCUGGAAUAGCCAAAACCACUCACAAGAACCCGGAAGCUGUGGGCGAUGUGCCAUUUGUCUCUCCAGAAGAUUUGAUUGGGGUGGAAGAUCAAAUGGACGAAGAUACGAAGAGUACCCGCUUACCCCCUCCUUUGAGCUCUAUGCCACCCGAAACGAUUACGAAACCGGUGGUCAACAGCUCCGUUUGUAGGAACAAGGCCAAGGAAGCUUUUGCCGCGGCGAAGAUUAAGACAGAACCCGGUAUAUCGACAGGGAAACUAUUCCGUGACAAAGGUGGUGAUCAUCUGCCUGCUGAGGAGCCUCUGUUGCAAAACGUGUCGUUGGGACAAGCGUUCACUUUUGGUGACAUCCCGGAUGACGAAGGAGAGCGUCCCAACUUGCAAGGCACCGACUCUGGACAAUCCCUGCGCCUUCGUAUCAAGCGUCCCGCAGCAGCAAGGGCUGAACAUCUGCAAGAGGCGAAAAAGGAGGCUAGCCAACCAAAGGCUAAAGCCAAGGCUAAGGCCAAGGGGAAGAAGAAAAAGUAG